AGCGACACCGCUGUCUCUGACGCGGCAUUCCUCUCUCAUUCCCCCCUCUCCAUGGUGGCUGUAACGUCUCCAAUAUCGCCGGUAACGCUGCGUUGGCGAGCGGUAGGAAAAGAUGCUCCUGAUCCUUUGGCAUUCGGUACUGCAGACGACGAAGAAGAAAUUCGCAAGAAACUGGACCUUAACGACAGCUCCAAGUUGCUACCUGAAGCCCCACAACUCACUCUUGAAUGGCACAAUCUGACGCUUCGAAUCAUUGCGAAUGACACUGAAAAGGUUAUUAUACAUGAUGCCAACGGUGUCGCCCACCCCGGUGAACUCUUGGCCAUCAUGGGCCCUUCAGGGGCAGGCAAGAGCUCGCUGCUCGACUGUUUAUCCGGACGAAAUACCAGCGUUGAGGGCAGUAUUUUGGUUAACGGAGUGCAAGCAGGGACCCAAAAAUUGAGGAAAUUGGUGGCGUAUGCCAUGCAGGACGAGAUGUUCCACUCGACGCUGACGGUGAAGGAACAUUUAGUGUUCCAGGCGAGAUUGAGACUCGGUGGACACUUCAGUAAGAAGCAGUGCCAACAUCGAGCCAAUGCUGUGCUCCACGAGCUGGGAUUAACUGGAUGUAAGGACACUUUGAUCGGUGGAUGGAUGCUACGUGGGAUCUCAGGAGGCGAGAAGAAAAGACUGGUUUUUGCCUCUGAGAUCCUGACCAACCCGGCGGUCUUGUUCGUAGACGAACCCACCUCUGGACUGGAUAGUUGUAUGGCACGUGCGGUGGUGCAGCAAUUGAAGCAGCUUGCAACGAAGCGGACGGUUGUGACCGCGAUCCAUCAACCUUCGUCAGAGGUGUAUGCGCUCUUCGAUCGCCUUUAUCUACUUGCAGAGGGCGCGACAGUGUUUGAAGGAUCUGCACGUAAAGCGAUCAUACAUUUCGUUACACUUGGACUCCCGUGUCCGCAAUUUAUGAAUCCAGCGGACCAUUUCAUGGAACAACUAGUGGUACUUGAAAGAACUACCGAUAACGAAGGAUUGGCUCGUGUUCAACGACUGAAAGAUUCGUGGAAACAGCAGAAAACUACCUGGACACCCAAAAUAUCCGGAGAUUUUGUGGACAUUGUGGUUUACGACGUGGAACGAGAAGAAGAUGUUGGAUAUUACUACGGGAAGAGCUUGUCUCUGUGGGGCCAAGUGGAAGUACUAGCUCACCGUAAUGCGCUACGACUGGCACGUGACCCCAUGGCCCUCCGUCUACAAGUACUACAAACACUCAUUUUUUCGUUUCUACUUGGCCUCAUUUACUUCCAGCUAGAUGUGGAUCAGAGAGGUAUUCGUAACUUUUCGGGAGCUUUUUUCUACAUCGUGACAGACCAAGUGUACUCUGCUUCGAUGCCUGCUAUCAUUUCGGUACCUGUGGAGCUCCCGAUUGUGUAUCGAGAGCUAGACGUGGGGCUGUACCGUAUCGGUGCCUGGUUUCUCGCUAAAAAUCUGUGUGAGCUGCCUUCCCAGAUCGCGUUACCGAUUCUAAAUCUGAUUCCGAUCUAUUUCUUGAUUUUUGGAAUCUUCGGUAAUCCUGGGUUCCUGGUGUUUAUGCAGAUGCUUAUCCUGCUUGUAGCGAUGAACAGUGCGUGUGUGGCGUUCGGUUAUGCUGUAUCCUGUAUCUGCCGUCGAGUGGAUAUCGCUCCUAUUGUGGGGAAUAUCAUCAUCAUGCCGUUACUGCUACUCGGUGGCAUGUUUGUGGAUCCCGAGCGAGUGCCUGUCAUGUUCCGGUGGCUCGAACUCGUGACCCCCUUCAAGUACGGAUACUUCGGCUUCAUGCGUGUGUUCUGGCGUAACGCAGCAAACGUACCGUGCGAUUUAGAAAACACAGCGGAAUGUACUCCUAUAUCAGGGCACGAUGUAUUGGAAAGCUACAAUAUUCCAGAUCAGUCUAUCUGGAACGACGUAUGGAGUCUCGUAGCGCUCAGUCUGUUCUUCCGUCUUCUCGGUUUCGUAGCUCUGCACUUCAGUGUCCGUCACAAGUAGAAAUAGCCGCAAUAAUUGUUAAAAACUUAAAAGUGAAUUUUAUACUCCGCUGCCCUGUAUCAUUCAUACAAGGGAGAAGAGCUUACACCUUUAGAGCUUCAGUAGCCUACGAAAGGGAGGGCACACCAGCUUCCACUUCCACGACGGCCUCGAUCUCCACUGCCACGUUGAGCGGUAGGGCGUUGGUGCCCACAGCCGAACGCGCGUGCUUGCCCUUGUCUCCGAAGAUGGCGGCCACGGCGUCCGACGCGCCGUUGAUCACACCUGGCUGCGCAGUGAACGUGUCGACGCAGUUGACGAAGCCCGUGAGCUUGACGACGCGCUUAAUGUGGUCCAGCUCACCCAGUUCCUCU